GCCGCCGUUUCACACAUCCCUAAUUUAUGUGUGCAUCUCUUAACCGGUGAUCACCUUCAUCCUCCUCAAGCUUAUUGUUGGCCGUCACUGAACUCAACGAUCACCGAUCAGUCUUGGGAGUCGCAGUCGGAAGUUUUUGAAUUCAGUUGCAAUGGAGCAGAAGCCACCAGCACGGAAGAUGAGAUUUGCCCCAAAAGCUCCCCCAAAACGUGUGCCAAAGCCGGAAGUUAAACCUGAAGUGGUUGAGAAUGAUAGUAAUAGUGCACAAGCAAUGGAAUUGCUACGCAGAGUAACAGAAAGAUCAUUGCGCAAGCCAAAAGGGGACAAGAAAGUUCCUGCUUCUCAAGUUGCUUGGAUGGGGGGAGUGGUAAAUUCUUCAAGAUCAAAUAAGUAUCUCAAUGGAUCAACUGGUGCUUAUGGCUCAACCUCUACUCAGGAGAUAGAGUAUAAAGAACCAUGGGAUUAUUACAGUUAUUACCCGAUUACACUUCCACUGAGAAGACCAUACGCAGGCGAUCCAGAGGUUCUUGACGUAGAGGAGUUUAUGCAGCCUGUGGGAAAUAAUGAAGAUCCACUUAACACAGCAGCUAAUCUCGGUCUAAUGGAAGAUAGUGGAGAACAGAAAAUGUUUUUUAUGAGGAUACCUUCUGUUCCUUUGGCAUCCGAAACAACAGAAAAUCGUGAAGCAAAGCCAAAUAUCAAAGGCCCUGUUGAGAAGACUCUGGAUUUAAAAGCCUUGCCAGAAGGUUUCAUGGGCAAACUACUAGUCUACAAAAGUGGUGCUGUCAAGAUGAAACUCGGUGAAGUGCUUUUUGAUGUAAGCCCUGGGUUGAAGAGCGAGUUUGCACAAGAUGUGAUGGUGGUUAACACAGAGCAGAAGAACUGUUGUCUGGUUGGAGAUGUGUACAAGCAUGCAGUUUUGACUCCUGAUAUUGAUUCGAUCUUGAAAGAUAUCGAAAAUAUGUGAUACUUCUUACCUUUUUUUUUUUUGUUACAUCAAUUUUGUUUCACUCUUUCUUUUUGGAUAUAAUACAUAGUUUAGACUUUUGACA